AUGCCCGUCGCCUCCUCGACCCUGACGCGCUACCUCGCCGCUAGCCGGACUGCCCCGCCGCCGCUCGGAACCCCCCUCGCCGGGCCGCCUCUCUGCCAAGUGCCUCCUCGUCCUCGACCUCCUCCCCAACGGCUCCCCGACGCCAACGCCGUUCGCCGUCGCCGCCACCUCGCCCCGUCGUCGUUCCGCCUCGCCGGACCUCCCCAGGCCUCGCCGCACCGUUCCCCGGCACCGGGGGUGAGCUCACACGCCCCGCUUCCCCCUAUACCCCCUCGUCCCAAAACGUCAUGGCUGUUGCCGCUCGCACCUCAUGCGCGUCACCGCGCCUACCUACGCCUGCGGUCGCUCACUCGCUGCACGCCGCCGCCAGCGCCCUCCUGCUGCCGACCACGCUCGACGCUGCUCCCCGACCCGAGCACUCCAGCGCGCCCGCCCACGCACCCCUCGGCCGCCGGAAUCGGCCGGCCGGCGAUCCCCGUCGUGGCCUUGUGCCCGGCGUGCGCCAUGGGGAUGGCCUCUGCUGGCCCUGUGCGCUGUCUAGGUGCCAGUUUAAUUAGUGUUUAG